AUGAAUGAUGAAGUAAAGAGAACAUAUAUUUUGGCGAAUCGACCCCAUUCAGAAGUGGCAUCUUCUCCUUCGAAGGACGCAAUUAAACUACCACCAAUUGGAAGUAUCUUGGAAGGCCCGACAGGCUCAUGCACUCUGCCACUAAUCUUUCCCAUUGUCGUUCGACCAUCAACUUACACUCAACUACCCAUUCGAAGUGAAGUCUUUCCUGUGAAUCAAACUCUCAUAGGGCUUCCUUUGGUUUUUGCUUCCGUUGAAGACAGCUGUAAACAACAGUCAACUAUACCACAAAGCUGCAUAAUACGGAACGCCCAGGAUAUUCGAGAUCGCAGUCCAGGUGAGGGGACACCGGGUACAAAGGCAGCCAAGAAGGAUGGUCAGCAUCUAGUCGAAACAGGAUAUCAGGACGAAAGUCUGAAGAUUUGUGAUGAACUUGAAGGUAUCCAGGAGAGAAUUUGCAGUAUAAUAGAGGAAUACGAGCAAUUGAUGAAGGAGAAAAAUCCAUUGCGAGGACGUUCAGGAGAUAUAAAAGCGAUGCCAGAGACGGCAAACGAAAUGACAGCCAAAGAGGAAAUGACAGAAGAUCAAAAGUACGUUCCGCGUGCUGUUAUGGGAAACCUAAAGCAAGAUGAGACACUUAACUAUGUCAGUAGCCUGAGUUCAUCCGAUGUUAUAACAGAGAUAGAUUAUGCGUACCUGAAACGAAUCAUCGGCGACGGGCAGGCGCACAUUCUUCGCAGACACCUUCUACUGGCGGGGAUAAAUCAAAUAUGGGCACGCUCUAGAGGGUUAUUAAUGGUUGAAGCGUAA